GGCGGCGGCUGCGGCCUCCAAGCGGCCAUCCCCCCGCCGGCUGCGGCGGUGAUUCCUGUCUGCUCCCCAGGGGGCAAACCCACCCCGGGCUGAAGCGGCCUAGGUGGGAGACCCAGCUCGUCCUCGAGCAGCUGGUGCGAUGCUUUCCUCUGCAACAACCUCCCCUUGCUGCAGGGCUGUAGGGUGAGCGUGUGUAGGGGUAUCUGCGCCUCUCCCUCUCAGCCCUUGCUGCAGCCCUUGGUAAGAGUCGUCAAACCAAAGGUCUGCCCACCCGGCAGCCUGGCUUUGCUACUAGCCGAGAAGCCCAUGCCCAAAAGAAGUUGUGAGAGCAAAAUAAGCUACUGAUGUCGUUUUGUAUAAACUAUUGCUAGCCCAUCCCUUGUGUUUAGUAGUCUUGAAUUUUCAUUGAUGGAAGAAGGAUCUAGCUACUUCUUGAAGCGCUGUGAAUUUUUAGCAUCUGUGAUGUCCAAUGGAAAAGAGUUGCAGAGGUUAAUGACAGGUUAAUGGGCUGUAAAGAUCCACCUCCUUUGGUUUGUUUGAAACCACUACCUGCUGGCUUCAUGCAAGUCUCACGGUUGUCCUACCAGAAAAGAAAGUGAAAAUGGAUUGUGCUGCAGUUCCUCGUCUGUAGGGCUUGUUAUAUUGUCUUUCCUUGUUUCAACCACUCACACAUACUGGUCUCUAUUCUGUUUUUAACUGCUGCGUCUAUGGAACUGAUGAAUAUUCUUGAUCAUCCUUGUUGCCUUUAUUUGGACAUAUUCCUACUGUAGCCAUUUUCAGUUGAGGGGACAAGAGUGACAAAUAAUAUUUGAGAUGCAAAUGAGACGUGCACUUAUACGAUGACAUAAUGAUGCUUAGUUUUCUGUUGCUUUCCUAAUAAAUCCUAUCACCACUUUUACUUCCUUGACUGCUUCUUCAGCCUUGGGCAGAUGUUUUCAUGGGUUACCCUCAGAUAAUCCCGAGAUCUUGUUUGUGAGUGAUAACGUUAUCAGCUCAGAGAAUGUCAUUGUGUACAGAAAGUCAGGAUUGUUUGGGUUUUUUUUUUCCCAUUGUUUUGCCAUGUGCGUUGCUUUACAUUUACCCACUCUGAAUUUCACCUUUACCUCACAGUUGCUCCAUAUCAGGAGGUUCUUCAGCAACCCUUCCCAUAAGCCCUAUCUCUACUACCUCGGGGCAAUUUAGUAUUGCUAACUCCUUAAAACACUGCUUGAAUAUAGCAUAUGCCUGUGAGAGGCACAGCAUUCCUUGGAAACACCGGUCGGUCUUAUUGCAUGCAUGCUUUGCAGUGCCUACAUCUGCUUCCAGCAUUUAAUGGCUUUGGAGAGAGCCUACGAAGGAGGCUUGGAGUACGCUGCUGCCGCAAGAGCAAUGCGUGUGCAAUAGGAUUUCAUUCAUCCUCUUGAGGACUUCUUGGAUAAGCACAGGCAAUGGGCCAGAGAGAGGAGAAGCAGUUGGAGCUGACCCUGGAGGCGCUCAUCAGUCAGGUGGCUGACCUGAAGAACUCCUUGGUCAGUUUCAUCUACAAGCUGGAGAAUGAGUAUGACCGACUCACAUGGCCUUCAGUUCUGGACAGCUUUGCAUUGCUCUCAGGGCAGCUGAACACCUUGAAUAAAGUGCUAAAACAUGAGAAGACCCCACUGUUGCGAAACCAGGUUAUCAUACCCCUAGUGCUGUCUCCAGACCGCGAUGAGGAGAUCAUGCGGCAGACAGAGGGACGUGUGCCAGUGUUCAGCCAUGAGGUAGUGCCUGACCAUCUUCGAACUAAGCCUGACCCUGAGGUAGAGGAGCAGGAGAAGCAGCUGAUCACAGAUGCAGCUCGCAUUAGCCCUGAUGUGGCACAGAAGCAGAUCCAAAGUCUGAACAAAAUGUGCUCAAAUCUGCUGGAGAAAAUCAGUAAGGAGGAGCGUGAAUCUGAAAGUGGAGGUUUACGACAGAACAAGCAGACUUUCAACCCUGCAGAUACCAAUGCGCUGGUAGCAGCUGUGGCCUUUGGGAAAGGACUGUCAAACCGGAGACCUCCUGGCUCUGGAGGAUCUGUCCAGUCAGGCCAACCCGGAGCUGGUGCCAUCAUUGCAGGUGCUUCAGGCAUGCAGCAGGUCCCAAUGUCAGGUGCACCAGCUCAGCAGCAGCCAAUGCUGGCAGGAGUGCAGAUGGCACAAGCAGGACAGCCAGAGAAAGUCAUUUCCACUGUGAUUUGGAAACAAAGAAGGCCCCUGUGAUUUCUGGCUGCAUGCCCACAAACACUGUCUCCAGCAUGGGAGGACAGUCACUUCUGUACAUCAAGGAGCGUGCGCUGGUAGCAAGAGCACUUGUCCAGCCUGUGUUACUGGGAAGUUCCCUUUUGAUAAGAGCAGCUCUACUGGGUUUCACCAAAGGUCAGUCCCACUGUCCUGCUUUUGGUGGUGCCCAUUGGUGAGGCUAAAAGAAUAUAGGAACAAAGUAUAUCCUGACAGCAGUUGUUGUUUAGGGAUUUUAAGCCAGAGUUUGGUUUGAGACCAGUGGGUAUAGCAGCCAUCAAUUUCUGCAGUUCCUUUCUGAAUUACAAUUUUGAUUUCUACAACACCUAUGGCAGUAUGUCCCACAGCUUUAUUGCAUGUUUUGCUUAAAAAAAUUUCCUUUUUAUGUUUAAAUCUUUUGCCUGGUAAUUUUAUUGCAUGUUUCCUUUUUAGCCAUGUUGUGAGAAACGGCAAAUGGUCAUUCCUCAGUUACUUUCCCCAUACUAGUUUUCAUUUUCUGGAAGUCUGUCAUGUCCUCCUCCCUUUGUCCAUUUUUUUUUUUCCCCUAGCUAAUGAGUCCUAUUCUGUUUAAUAUGUCUUUGUGUGAAAAUUACAAGAUAUCUUGGAUCACCCUCGUCACUCUUACCUGCACCUUUUCUGUUUGUUUUCAAGACUGGGAACACUAGAACCACUCACAUUAUUCCAAAUGUGGGUGAACCAUACAGUCCUAUUCACUCUUCCUUUUGGAGUAAUGUCUAACUGUAUUUGUCUACUGAUUGUUAGCACUGAAGUGAUAUCAGAUUGCCUGUCAAUUCAUUGCAGGCAAUGACCCAUUUUGGAUAUGUUUGAGAAAGUUUAAUAAUCUUUAUUCUUUUAGCCAUUUGCUCAUAAAAUCUUUUCUUGUCCUGCUGCACUACAGUUUUAAUUUUCAGAAGCUGUCCUUUUUUUCUGUCUAAUUUGAACACACAUUCCACUUUCUGAAGGAGUGUUCUUUGAAUAUCCCUCUGUGCUGCUCUUUAAUCACUGUCUUUUUGUUUUUUUCUGAUCAUCUUAGUUUUGUCUAGCACUGUACACUUAUUGUAAGCUGCUAGUACAGUGUCUUUGAACUCACUCCCAUGUGUGAUUGCUAUCAGCAAAGAGUAAUAACGCCCAAGAGGUGGAUGUAGUUAAGAGAAAUUAAGGGAUCUGAGAGAGGCUUAGUAACUGAAAUGUACACUCUGACUAUAAAUAAUGCUACAUGGAAGGGGAUACAGGCUCUUGUGUUUGCCUCUCUGAAAUGGAAGUGGAAAUCAGUCUGGGUACUUCUGUGAGUGCUGCUGCCAGCAACUUCUGUGAGAUUGAACAAGUCCCAUACUCCUGUAGGAGCCUCCUGACAAAGAGUAGGUCUUGUUUAAGAUAGAACAAGGAUAGAAUUUGAGGGGAUAGCAGGGGGACACAGGAACCGUCAAGGAGAUUUCUCAACAGAGAGAAAUGCCAAUUUGUAGAAGAAAUUGAUUGUGUGGGGUCAGAAGCUGGAAGAUGCUGUAGCAGGUAAGCCUAGUGUGGUACCUGGAGUGGAACAGAAAAAGCCCAGACAGGGCUGUUGUGAGUCUUGCAUGCUCCUGAGCAAAUGACCUCUCAUAUAGCCAAUUUUGCACUGCUUUUUCUUU